UCUUUAUCUCCUUCAUACAAUCUAUAAUACUCCGCCCUUUCGUCUUCCCCCAUUACCCUUUCCAGAGGGAACACCAUGUUCAGUCAAAUGAAAGACAAAGAAACCAUGGGUUUGAUAGGGAAUACCCCAAAGAGCUUAGUUCCUUUGCUGCUUCGAAAUUUGGUGUUUCGUGUAUUGAUUUACGCCGAUAAAUCCCUCUUUUACUUUUCCGAAAGGUACUCGCUGCUUAAAAUGGUUCGUUACCUCAUGGUCUCUUGUUUUCUCUUCUUUCUGAGGUUCGUCCCUUCGAAUCUGCUCUCUCUACAAGACGAUGAUUACUCGCUCAAGCCAAGAAAAACCGGCGUUUACGCCAUCGGGUCCGGUCCUGGGAUUGGGAUUCGGGGAUCGCUCGUGCGCUUUCGCAGGUACUGUCGAGUGUUAAUGACAUUCCGGUUAGCUCGAGGAAGUACGAGAUCGUUCGGUCGUUGGCUGAGAGGCUUGUCGAGGAGAAUAACAGGGAAGGCGUCGAGGCUUUACGUGAAGUUAAUCGUGUUGCUUUGUCGGCGGCUUUUUCGAGGACGAUUGGUCAGCUCGAAGCUGCAAUGGCGGGUUACGGAGGUGGGUCGGGAGUUGGACCGGUUCAGUAUCAGAUGAUAAGGGUUUUAAGGGCGGUUCGAUCGGUGGGGGAUGGGGUGUGGAGUUCUAGAGUGGGGACGGGGAUAGAGGAUGAACCGGUCCGGGAACUGGGCGGAGAAGACUGGCGGCGGAGAUGCUUUGGUUGGCGCAGAAAUUGGCCGUGUGGUUUCGCCGACGAGGCUGUUGAGAGAUGGGCGUCGGCUUCGAAUUUGGCUUCGCUUUCUCUCAUGGCUGAGCAGCGCCUUCAAGGUUCUCUUGUCAAAGUUUCGGCAUUUUUAUUCAUGCAAGCUAAGAACACGAGAGUGGAAGAAGAAAGCGAAGAAGGCACCAAAGAGAAGCCGAGGCAAUUGAAGAUGAUUACAUCGUGGCUGCCGUUGUUAUGCCGAGCGAGCAUCGGCAGCGACGUGCCGGUUCUGAGCGUCAACGAAAGAAUCGAGCUCGAGAAGGUGUUGGAAGACGCCAUCGAGAAGCUCGACGGGGAGGAACAAGAGCAAGUGUUGUCGCUCUGGCUUUACCAUUUCACGUACUGCCCAUCCUCCGAUUGGCCCAUCCUCCGAUUGGCCCAACCUCUAUGCUUCGUACGUCCGAUGGUGUACCAUUUCUCGCAAGCUUUUUAUCCUCGGUUGAUUUUUUUUAUCCGUGUGUGUAUAAUUAUAUGUUCUUUCUUAAAGAGAAUAUCGUCUUUAAAACUGAUCUGAAUAAAAUAAUCGUCUAC